CACCAACGCGCCCAAACAGCUGCUGCCGCAUGGCAUGAACGCGCUGCUCGCCGUCGCCGCCGCCGCCACGGAUGCGUGCCUGGCGCGCGACGAGGAGGCGGUGGCGGAUGGGGCGGCGGUGAAGGGGGAGGAGGUGGAGGGGAAUGGGAAGGAGGAGGGGAAGGAGAAGGAGGGGAAGGAGGGGAAGGAGAAGGAGGAUGGGGAGGCGGAUGGGAAGGAGGGGAGGGAGGAGGGGAAGGGGGAGGGGGAGGGGGAGAGGAUCACCAUUUAUCAGGUGUGGCCGGUGGUGCACGCCUUCAACUGCCUGCGGCACGCCUUCAACGACUCCCACCUGGCCGUGGACACCAGUGGCUACUUCGCGGCCGCCAUCCAGGCCUGCCUGCGUGCGCUGCGUGCUGGGGCCUGGGAGAUCCGCAACAGCGCCAUGCUGUGCUUCACGGCGCUCGUGACGCGCAUGCUGGGCUUCAAGAACGACAGCAGCGCCGAGACCGUGCGCAAGGCCGUGAGCGGCGCGGAGUUCUUCGCUCGCUACCCCGCGCUCCACGGAUUUCUGCUGGAGCAGUUGCAGGAAGCAGCGGCGGAGCUGGAGGCGGCGUCAGCCGCCGCCGCCGCCGCGGCCGCCGCCGCCGGCAGCGGCGCCGCCAGCCGCGCCGCCGCCGCGCUCGCCAAUCCGCACCCGGGCCUCUACCCCGUGCUCAUCAUCCUCUCGCGCCUCAAGCCAUCCCACAUCCGAGACGACGACCCAGCGGCAGCGGCACCGGCGGCGGCAUCGGCGGCGGCGCUGCUUGGAGAGGAGGGCGCCGAUGGCGGUCCGGCGGCUGAAGGCGGCGACGGCAGUGGCGGCGGUGGAGUGGCGGCGGCGGCGACCUACAUGGGAGCGCUGUCGCCGACGGUGUUUACGCCGCUGGUUCGCCGCUGUGCCACGGCGGCGCCGCUGGCGGUGCGGCGACUGGCGGCGAGAGCGCUGGCGCCGCUGGUGGCGGCCCCCGACGUCGCGCCGCUGCUGCGGCAGCUGCUGGCGCCCGUGCCACCCCGCCCCCGCGCCGUCGCCGACGGCUCCGCCCGCCCGCCCCUGCGCUUCGCUGGCGGCGGCGGCGGCAACGCCCUCCACGGCGCCUUCCUCCAGACCGCUGCCCUACUGGAGGCCGCCUCCGCGGCUGCAGCUGCUACUGCCGCUGCUGGCGGCAGUAGCAGCUGCAGCAGCGGCACCAGCAGUAGCAGCAGCAGCAGCACCGGCAGUAGCAGCACCGCGGAGGAGGACUUGUUGGCCGCAUCGCUGCCGGCGCUUUCCCGCGGCGCCUGGAUGGCAGACCCGGCCCUGGGCACGUGCGCGGUGGGCUGCGGGCUGCUGGCGGCGGCGGCGGCGGCGCUGGCGCUACUGCCGCCGCGGCGCUGCUCCGAGUUCCGUACACAGGUGGCGGAGCUGGCGGCGGCGUGCCGCGACGCGGCCGAGUUCGUGCCGCCGCCGCGGCCCGGCUCAGCUGCUGCUGCUACAGCCGCAGCUACAGCCGCGGCUGGUACAGCCGCGGCUGCUACAGCCGCUACAGCCAGUGGCGGCGGCGGCGGCGGCGGGGGUGUGAAUGUGUUUGUGAGUGACUACCCCGACCCCAUGCGCUGCCAGCUGCUGAAGCAGGCGACGCAGCUGUGGCUGGGGCCGGUGCUGUUGGCGCAGGCCUUCAGGUCCAGCGCCCCCGCGGGCUUCUACACAGAGGGCCUGCUGCAGCAGCUGCGCACCUGCCUCGCCUCGCCCUCCUACGACGUACGCGCCGCCGCCCUCAAAACCCUGGACCGACACCUUACGGCCAUCAACGCAGCCGUCGCCUCCGCCGCCGCCGCCGCCGCCACUUCCGGCGGUUCUGGAAUUGGUGGUGGCGGCGGCGGCAGCGGCGGCAGUGUGAGCAGCGAGGCAGCGGUGGCGGCGGAGGCGGAGGCGGCGGCUGCCGCCGCCGCUGGGCCGGGCGUGGCGGACGCUGGCGGCAAGCUGGCGGCGGUGGCGGCGGCGCUGGCGGCGCGGCCGGCGCAGCUGUCGCGGAUCGCUGGCGAGGGCAUGGCUUUGUUGUGGGGCUGCGUUGCUUCCGAGCCCAUUCACAAGGUGGCGCGCCGCCACCUCAAGGCGUUGGGGCAGCUACACACGCUUGCCGCCAGCCUGGCGGCGGCGCAAGCGGCGGCGGCGGCGGCGGCGGCGGCGGCGGCGUCGCCAGCGGCGGCGCUGGCGGCGGCGGCGGCGCCAGCAAUGGACCCGAUCACUGGCGAGCUGCUGCCGCCGCCGUUGACGGCGGCGGCGGCGGCGGCUGCGGGCGGUCUGACAGUGCAGCAUCCGGCCGGCUGCUUCUGCUGCGUCGAUCCCUCGGUGGCGGCGGCGGCGGCGGACCCGGCGGCGGCGGCGGAGCUGGCGGCGGCGCUGGCACACGUGGCACUGGUGCGGCGACUGCUCGGCAGUAGCAGGGAGCUGGAGGCGAGGUGCGAGGCGCUCCGGUGUCUGGGCCGGGCCCUGGGCCGCGCCCUGGCGGCCGGCGCAGCGGCUGCAGCUACAGCUGCGGCGGUUGCUACAGCCGGUACCGCCAGUGGCAGUGGCAGCAGCAACAGCAGCAGGGGCAGUAGCAGCAGCGUUGUGCCUGUUGAGCACUGGCUGCAGCUGGCGGCGGCGCUGGGUGCGCUGUUGGAUUCUGUGGCGGCGGCGGCGGCGCCAUGGCAGCCUGAGGACUGGCGGCGGGCGGGCGUGGAGGCGCUGGCGGGGUCACAGCUACUGCCGACUUCCGCGCUGGCGGCUGUAGCAACAGGAGGCAGCGGUGGGGUUGCGGGGGCGACGGCGGCGCAGGCGGCGGCGCUGGUGGCGGCGCUUGACGUCGGCGCCAGUGGCGGCGGCGGCGGCGGCGCGUUGCAUCGGUCGGCGCUGCGAGGGUGGCGCUGUGUCGUGGCGUUCCUGGAGGACGAAGACCUGCAGGUCCGCCAGUCCUCCGCGCGCCUGGCACAGUGCGUCAUGGAGCUACUGCCGUCCACAGCCGCCGGCAGUCGCAGCAGCGCCGGCAGUAGCAGCAGCAGCGCCGGCAGUAGCGGAACCGAGGAGGAGGGGCAGGAGGCGGGGCUGUGGCGGCCCGCGCCGGCGGCCGCGUACCAGGAUGGCGCGAGUGGCGGCACCGGUGGCGGCAGUAGCAGCAGCGACGAGAAGGAGAGGGCGGCGGCGGCUGCUGCUGCUGCUGCUACAGCCGCGGUGGUUGGCCGCCAACCGCUGUACGUCGAGGCCGUGAUCCGGUGGCUGUACCCGCUGCUGGUUCGGCUGUACGGCAGUAGCAGCAACAGCAGUAGCAGCAACAGCAGUAGCAGCGGCAGCGGCAAUAGCAGCAGUGCUACUGCCGGCGCCGCACGGCCGGCGCUGCUGGCGCUGCUGUGUGACCUAGUGGUGAAUGGUGUGGCGCCUCAGGCGGAGGAGCAGCAGCAGGGGGGUGGCGUGGCGGGCACGUCGGCCGCUGCUGCUGGAGGGGGUGCUGAAGGGGAUGGGGAUGGUGGUGUGCCAGAGGUGGUGACGGCCCUCCUCAAGGACGCAGCCGCGGCAGCUGCGGCUGCAGCUGCGGCCGACGGUGCCGCCCCUGGCGGCGGCCCGGCUGCUACUGCCGCUACUGCCGCUACUGCCGCCACCUCCUCCGCCACCUCCUCCUCCCGGCGCCUGUUUGACAAGGAGGCAGACAACCCACACGAGGAGCCGCUGCUGACAUGCCAGCUGGCGGCAGCGGCGGCGCGGCGGCUGCUGCUGCAGCUACAGCCACACCCCGCAGCAGCAGCUGCCGCUGCCGCUGCUACUGCCGGCCUGACGGCGGCGGAGGCGGCGGCGCUGGCGGCGCUGCGGGCCGCUGCCUGGCGCCGCCUGGGCUCCAUUGCGGCCGCCGCGGCGGUGGCGUGCGGCGAGGCGCCUGCUGCUACUGCUGCUACUGCUGCUACUGCUGCUACUGCUGCUACUGCUGCUACUGCUGCUACUGCUGCUACUGCUGCUACUGCUGCUACUGCUGCUACUGCUGCUACUGCUGCUACUGCUGCUACUGCUGCUACUGCUGCUACUGCUGCUACUGCUGCUACUGCUGCUACUGCUGCAGCCGACAACGGCAGCAGCAGUAGCAGUAGCAGCGGGCCAGACGCUGCCUCAGCCGCUGGAGUGGCGGCAGUAGCACCCACCGCCGACUCCGCCUCCGCUUCCCCCUCUCCGACUGCCUCUGCUGCGACGGCGGGUGGGUGGCUUGGGGGUUUCAUCAACCAGCCUGACGUGUUUGGCUGCGCUUACCGAGCUCUGCUGCUGCUGUGGGCCACAGAGCCCGCGGCGGCGGCGGUGGCAGCAGCAGUGGCGGCGGCGCAGGCGCCUGCGGCGGCCGGGCAAGCACAGCAGGCGGAGGCGGUGGGCGUGCAGGAAGCAGUGGUGUUGGGGGCGUUGGCGGCGCGGGCGGAUGUGGCGGGCUCUCAACUGGGUCCGCUGCUGCGGGCGCUGCUGCCAAAGCGGGCGGCGUCGGAGGGAGGAGAGGGGCAGGCGGGGCAGGGCGGUGGCGGUGGUGGUGGUGGGGGAGGUGGCGGCGGUGGUGGUGGUGGGGGUGGGGGUGAGGAGGAGCAGCAGCAUCGCAUCCUGUUCCUGGUGUAGCGUGCAACUGGUGGUCAAUUGGGGCAUCGGGGCCGGCGGCGUUCAGUUGUGUCACCGACUCCAUACUUGAUUGACCUCAUGAAUAUGGCAAUCAAAUCGCAGAACUGCCUGUUUGCUUAAGAACAGAGGCGGGAGGGAUUGCUUUGAAUGCAGAGCUCGAGGUGCGUUGGCCGCAGCACAGAAUGACUGUGUUUGCCGGGGCGGGGUGCCUGCGGCCGAUGCUGAGGAAAGCGGGUUUCAGAUGAAGGAAAGGGGGGUGGGUUCAGGUGAAGUCGUUGGCCUGGUCGGUGGUGCAGGCGGUGUGCAGGCGGGUUGCUUGCUGUUUUGCUGUUUUGCUGUUUUGCCCUGAAAGCUCAGCUCCAAGCCAUACAUGUACAGCCUUCACCGGGGGGGGGGGGGUGGCCACCGGAGGCGGCUGAGCUUGCCGCCGUAGGGGCGGGGAGGCGGCCACAGCAUCAACAGCUGUCAGUGGUUUUUGGCUUGUGCGGACACCCCAUUAUGGUCGAGCCGUAGUGCGGCACUGGCUUGCCGGCACUGCACGCACGCCACCAGCAGCAGCAGCAGCAGCACGAGGGCUUCUUGUUGUCGCGUGUGCUUUUGUGUGUGACAGCAGACCGGCCCCAAGCAGGGGGGCUGCGCUCUCGUCAACACCUACCCUGGCUCCUUCAAGAACGUUUUGGUGCUGUCCGUGUCAGCUUUUGGUCAGCUGGCCACGUGUCAGCUGACCGAGUGCGUGUCAUACUGCCUUGGCUGGGGAGAAAGAGGAGUGCGUGAGCAGGGUUGAGUUAUGCGGCUGGGUGGGUGGGUGCGGCCCCGACGACAUGGUGAUAAGAUAGAUGGGCCUUACUGGUGAUGGGCCUUACUGAUGGCUGGGGUUAGUUCAACACGGCUGAUGCACGUAGCGGCACGCACGCGCUAGCCUGCAAUUGUAUUAUUGCUAACUUAAAU